AUGACAGUUAAUGAUAUUUCCAACAACUACAUAUAUAAUCUAGACGAUGAUCUUCUAAACUCCUUAAAACUACUAUCUUUUGAUUUAACAACUUUUGAAAAUGUCGAACCAACAAUUAAAGAUACACCAAAUACAUCAAAGUCUUCAAAAGAUAUCAUGAUAUAUUACAAAUCAGACUUACAUAGAUAUAAUUUGAAAAGAGAACAGAAAAACCUACCUGCAAUUAAUGAAGAAGAAUUCGAAAAUUUAUUAGAGACUCAAUCAAUUGAAAGUCUAUCUGGGUCAGAUUAUGAUACUGAGAAUGAACUGGAGGAUGAAAUAAACAAUACAGAACAAGAACAAAAAGUAAAUACAUUGAUAAAAAACUUGGAAAAGGCUGAAAUUAAUGAAAAUGAAUCUUUCAAAUCACAUUUAAACACGAAAAGUCCCUUUGUACUUUUUGGCUCAUCAAUGAUUUCAGAUGAAAAAGCCAUUGGAAUUUACAAGUCUAUAUUUAAUGAAACGUACAUUAAUAAUCCGUUGGAAUACUUGAAAGAAAAUCAAAGAACAAGUAAUUCAAAAUCAGCUAUAUUCAUGAUUGGAGGUGGCCAUUUUGCUGGUGCAAUAAUAUCACAUGAAAAAAAUUCAAAUAGUGGAAAGUCUUCCAAAAUAGAUCAAGUGAAUGUAAUAGAAUCAAAAACAUUUCAUAGAUACACAACUAGAAGAAAACAAGGUGGGGCUCAAAGUGCUAGUGAUAAUUCAAGAGGAAAGGCAAUUUCAGCAGGUUCAAGUAUUAGAAGAUAUAAUGAAAAAGCACUUAUGGAAGAAGUAAGAGAAUUAUUGUCAAAAUGGAGAGAUCAUUUGAACGAAUGUUCAACUAUAUAUAUAAGAGCUAAUGGACCAACUAACAAAAAGGUAUUGAUUGGUUAUGAAGGAUCUCCUAUAAAAGCUGAUGACAAAAGAAUACAAAAAAUACCAUUUUCAACUCAAAGAGCAAGUUUAUCUGAAGUUAAAAGAAGUUGGGUUGAAUUAAGUCAUUUCAAAUUAGUUGAUUUGCCAAAAGUUAUACCACCAUCUGAAAAAGAUAAAAAACCAAAAGAGUCUAAUGUUGCAACAGAAACAUCUGAUGCUGAUAAAAAAAUCAAUGACAAAUCUAACGAAAUAAUGCCAUUUUUCAAAAAACAAAAAGCCCCAAAAUUUAUAAAGUGGGUAAAUGACAACAAAAUUGAUGUAAAUACAUUUGUAAUCAACUCAGAAGAGCUUUUAAAUAACACUCCAACAUUUUUACAUUAUGCAUCAGCAAAUGGAUUAAGUCAUAUGAUACAAGUACUUUUAAUAAAUUUGAAAGCAUCACCACUAGUUGAGAAUUACGCUGGUAGAUACCCUGCAGAAUUGGGAAAUCAAACUUCAAAAAGAGCUUUCCAAAUAGCAAGACAUAAAUUAGGAGAUGAUUAUUGUAAUUGGGAAUUAGCAAAAGUAGGUGUUGCGAAAUCGAAAGAAGAAUUUGAUGAAGAGGAUAAAAAAGCUGAAGAAAUUGCAAGUCUUGAAAAAAAGAAACUUUUGGAAUCACAAGCUGAGAGUAAAAAUCCUAUUGAAAAACAUCGUUCCAUCAACUUGAACCAAAAUUCUAGUGGAUUAAAUGAUGAUCAAAGAGCUAGGAUCAUGAGGGAACAAAGAGCGAGAGCUGCUGAGGCAAGAUUGGGUAAGAAGUAA